UGGCUUAAAACAACACAAAUUUCUUAUCUUACAUUCUGGAGGUCAGAAGCCCAAAAUGGACCUGAUGUCCUGUUAGCAGGGCUGCCCUUCUUCCUGAAGGCUUAGGGGAAGUCAAUUUUCUUGUCUUUUCCAGCUUCUGGAGGCUGCCUGCAUUCCUUCACUUUUAGUCUCCUUCCAUCUUCAGAGCCAGCAGUGACUGGGCAAAUCUUUCUCACAGUGCUGUUUUUCUGGUUUUGAUUGUUUUGCCCCCGCUUUCCCUUUUAAGAACCCUUGUGAUUACUUUGGGCCCAUCUGGAUAAUGCAGAUACUCUCGUUAUUUUAAGGUCCACUGAUUACCAGCCUUAAUUCUGUGUGCAACCUUAAUUCCCCCUCACCAAAUGAGUGGAAAAAACACAUUCAAAAUGUUUUUUUUUUUUUUUUUUGUAUUCUCUCAGCCAACAGCAAUCAACACAGAAGACUUCUGUGAUGACACGUAUGGGAGUUUGCUCCCCACCACACCAAGCCAUUUUGCAACAGACACCACCUGGGUUACCUUCAAUUCAAUGCUGACAUCACCUGUAGAGAGUGUCAGAUCCCCCAUCUUUAGGCCUCAGUCUCACAGCAAGUCUCAGGAGGCUCUACCUGUGCUUCUGACCGACCUGCUAUAAAUUGGGGUUCCCACAGCCACCUCUUCGGGUUCAUUUAAUUUACUAGAGGGCUCACAGAACUCAGGCAAACACAUCUACUGGUUUAUUAUAAAGGAUACAGAUGGAGAGGUGCACAGGGCCAGGCAUGUGGAAGGGGCAAGGAGCUCCCUUGCCCUCCCCGGGUACACUACCAUUUGCGAACCUCCAUGUGUUCAGCUAUUUGAAAGCUCUCUACACUGUGUCCUUUUGGGUUUCUAUUUAAGCUUCAUUGGGUAGGCAUGAUUGAUUGAAUCAUUGGCUGUUGGUGAUCAACUUAACUUUCAGACCCUUUCCCCUUCCUAGAGCUUGGAGGGUGUCGCUGAACGUCCCAACCCUCUAAUUGUGCUUUGGUCUUUCUAGUGACCAUCCUCCAUCCUGAAGCUACCUGGAGACUACCAACCAUCAGUCAACUCAUUAGCAUACAAAAAGCAUCACUUUGGAGAUUCUAAGGAUUUUAGCAGUUGUAUGCCAGGAAAUGAGGAUGUAGACCAGAUAUAUAUUUCACAAUAUCAUACCAUGUAAUAUAGGGUAGGCAGAGAUUCCAGGGAAUAAGGUAUGGACAUCCUUUGAGGGAGCCAAUAUUCUGUGUACCACAUCUGUUAAUAAGCUGAAGAGAUUUAGGCUCAGAGAGGUUAAGUAAGUUGUCCAAGGUCACAACAUAGUAAGUGAAAGAGCUGAUAUUUUAACCUAGGUCUGUUAUUUAUCAUAUGCAUAUCUUUCACAAUAACAUGAUCUUUCCCACAAAUGCCAUUUGAUCCUACUCUGGAAAAGUAAAUAGGAUGAUGAUCAUUGUUCAAAUAGUAAAUACCUCCUUUUUAUUGUAUAUAUUUAAGGUAUACGAUGUUUUGAUGUACACACACAGUGAACUGGAUACUACACUCAACCAAAUUUAACAUCAGUCAUCUCACAUAGUUACCCUUUUUAGUGGCACUUAAAAUCUCUUUUAGCAAAAAUCUCAAAUACAAUACAGUAUUAACUGUAGUCCUCAUGUUGUAUGUUAGACAGGGAGACUCCUUUAUCCUGCGUAUCUGCAGCUUUGUAUCCUUUGAGCUACAUCUUCCCAUUUUCUCCCCCACCUGCCCCUGCUUACCACCAUUUUAUUCUCUGAGUAUUCAACUUUCUUUUUCUUUUCUUUUUCUAAGAUUCCUCAUAUAAGUGAGGUCAUGCAUUUUCUGUGUCUUGCCUAUUUCACUUUGCAUAAUGUCUUCCAUGUUCAUCCAUGUGGUAGCAAAUGGCAGGAUCUCCUUUUUAAGGCAGAAUAAUAUUCCAUUUAUGUAUGUGCAUGUACAUAUAUAUAUGUACACAUGCACAUAUGUACACACACAUACCUCAUAGUUCAUUCAUCUCUUGACAGAUACUUUGGUUGUUUCAAUAUCUUGGCUAUUGUUUCUAAAUCUUGGCUAAUGCUACAGUGAACAUGGGAGUGCAGGUAUCUUUACGAGAUGGUGAUUUCAUUUCCUUUGGAUAUCUACCCACUAGAGGAAUUGCUGAGUCAUAUGGUAGUUGUAUGUUUAAUUUCCUUAGGAACCCCUGUACAGUUUUUCACAAUGGCCGCACUGAUCUGCAUUCCCACCAACAGUGUAUGAGUUUUCUCUUUUUCACACCAUCACCAACACUUAUCUCUUGUAACUUAUUAAAGUAAUAAUCACAUUUGCUUAAUAAUAUCAAGCAAUAGGCUAUGUUAUUAUGAAACAGUUAAAAGCGUAUAGGAAAUAUAUUUAUUGAUGUGGGAAAAGUAUUUAUGACUCAUCAUGACUUCCAGCGCCCUUCCCAGAUUUCUACUUAUCACUUCCUUUCUGUUACCAGUUCUUCCUUAUCCAGCCUAGAUGCUUUGAUUCAAAUUAUUUUCCGGCAAAUUCUUUCAAUUCUUUUGUACCUCUUUGGUCUCUCCAAUUUCGGAACUGGAUGAGCUCAACUACCUGCCAGUUUUUUCACUUUAAUGUUAUACUCAGCAGCCUUAAAAUUGUCCAGCAGUCUUCCAACAUGUCUAUUAUCUCACUCCCUCACUCCCCACAGCAUACUGCCUUCAUUCUUCUCAAACCUUUUAACCCCCAUCAGGUUAUUUGACGUCUUAGCAGUUUUCCACACAGUUGACCACAAUUGACCAUUGCUGCCUUUUGGAAACACUUGUCUCUUGGCCUAUGACACAAACCCUUCCCUGGUUUUCCUUCUCCCAUUCUAGUUGACCAUUUUCUGUCUUCAGUGUUACCUGACAUCUAAAAGAGGAGAGGUUUAGUUUCCUUGUUUUUCAUCUUGUACUUUUGGUUAAAUAUCUUUUUGUGUAAGUCUUUCACGUUAUCUCUAGCCCAGAGUUUGUCAUCUUUAGCACUACUGACAUUUUGGGCUGGAAAGUUUUUUCAGUGUCAGGGGAUGUCUCGUGGAUUGUAGGAUGCUUAGCAGCAUCUCUGGCUUCUACGCUGUAACUGCCAAUAGAGUUCCCUCUACCCUUAUUGUGACAAUCAAAAUGUCUCCAGAUACUGCCAAAUGUCUCCGGGGUACAAAAAAUCACCACCUGUUGAGAACUACUUAUCUAGCCUGAAGCUCUCUUCUGAGGAUCUGGGGAUAACACCUUUCUGACAUCUCUACCUGAAUGUCUCCUAGGCAUUGCAAAUUUAAUGUGACCAAAAUGGACUCUUGUUUUUUCUCCCGUAGGUGCUCUCCCCUCAGAUUUUCAGAUUUUAGAUGAUUUAUGACCUUGCAUUGGAGGUACCAAUAAAAGACAUUGGAGGCUUUUAUUUAUUGAACUAGGGAGCCACCAGAGAGUUUUGAGCCAAGAAAGGACAUGAUCUCACUUAGGUCAGCUCUUUCUUGAGCAUAGACUAUGACUUGGAAGACUUAAAGCAGGAAGACCAGUUAAGAGGCUACUGUGGUAAUCACAGUGAAAAAUGGUAGUAGCUUAUACAAGGAUGGCAGUAGGGCAUAAGGUAAGGAGUGGCAUCUCUGGUUUAGUGCUUAAACACAAAUAUCCCUGAGAAGAAGAAUGCACUUGUACCUUCAUGAAGUUAGUAUCAGAGUAUGCUUUGUUUUUCAGAUGUUUUCUAAGAACUUGCAGGGAACAGGUUUUGGUGGAUCAGAAGGAGAGGACAGUAGCCAAGUUCCUGGGUUCCUCCAAGCCAGAACUUCCUGGGAUGUUACUUGAAGGGAUUCAGGCCACAACAGGGUUUUAAAACAAAGGACCCAAUAGGAGGAGUAAGCAAGACAUCCAGUACUGCCUAUUCUACCUCACAAUCUUACUUAGGGCUGGUCCUCCCUUGGUAAAACAUGUACUGGGUGGCAGGGUAGAUAGAACAAUUGGAAGUCAGGAGUUUCCUUCAUUAAAUAUAGGAAGCACAUAAUCUUGGGCUGGAAGGCCCUUAGCUGAAGUGAGGUGGCUAUUGGCAUUUGGGAUAGGACAGGUUUUUGUUGUACAAGAUUGCCCUACAUGUUGCAAGAUUCACAAUAGUGUGCUCUCUCAUUGUGACAUCUAAAAAACGCCUCCCCACAUUUCCAGACUCCCCAUGGGAGUCAGACAUGUUCAACUGUAUACCACUGGACUGAGCCCCCUUUGCUAAUUUGAAAACUGCCUUCUGUAAUAUGAAGUUAGUAAAAAGGCUAUACAUUCCAGGCCCUUAAAAAAAAACUGCAUUACUUGUUUGGGGACUUAGAAGGUAUCCGCUAGUACUUUAAAUUAGCAUUGAUGUUUAUUGCUGAUACAUCCCAUAAAUGUUUUCUGUCCAUGUUAUGUACCUUAAAAUACUAAUUUGUAAUUCUUUCAUAGAAGUUGUAGACAUUUCAGGGCCAUCUCUAAAGAUACUGCAAAGGACACAUGCUCUAGCUGCUCUCUUCCCAGCAUUGCUAUGUAAGGGAGCCUGAAUGAAAAUGAAUCGAGAGUUUGUAUGAAAAGGAAUUCCCUAGCCAUCUUAGCAAAGGGAGUGGGAGUAAGAUUGGAAGAGGGAGGAUAUUGGCCUGUUUGUAAAUGUUUAUGUACAUCAUGUUUUUUUGUUUGUUUGUUUUUGUUUUUAUAAUCAGGUCUAGCUAGUAUAAAGAGCUAAAUAUUUUUUAAUCGUAUUUUUGAAAAGUAGUAGAGAAUAGAACGAUAUUCAUCAGAUUUGUGAAGGAUUGAUGACUUAGUGUUACAGGGAAUAUUCACCAAGGAAAAGAUCUAAUAGUUUUGAACAUACAAAAUGUAAGGUUUAUUUACAACGAAAAAAAUAACACAACACAACUGGAGGAAAUGCUUGUAUCAAAUGUGACUAAGGGUGAACAUCUAUAAUAUAUGAAGAGGAAGUUCUCUCAAACCUAAUGAAGUUUUAAUACAUAAGUAAACAAAGUAUUUUAGCAGUUAAUGAUUAAUAAAAAGGUGGAAUUAUGUUUACCGUCACUGGUAAUCAGAGAAAUGCCUUUUAAGUUAACCUUGAGUUACCUCUUCUAUUCUCUCGAAAGCACUGAAAAUUAAAAUAACUUCCAAUUCUGGAGAGGCUUUAAGGAAAUGGACCCAUUCACUCUAAUGUGUUUCUUGUGCUACUCCCAGCCACUGCCUUUCCCUGAACAUGCAGUGCCAUUUGAAAUUCUUAUGUCUCAUCUUUAUGGGUCCUUCCCCUGUUCUUCGUGUUGACUUUCUAUCUCUUGAGAGCAGCAGUCAGAUCCUGGGGGCAUCCCCUCUGAGUCAGCCCUGCCAGUGAGCACUCUGGUUUGCAUUCGGUACUGCACCAGAGUCAUGGGUGUAUGAAUCAGUCACUACCACUUGGCUGGGGAGUUCUUGAGGUUAGGGCUGGUCAGGCCCUGCAUUAGGGUCUGGCAUACAAGUAAUUAUUCAGUAACUAUUGAACUAAAUUAUUGGACUUUGGUAAAUGUUUUAAUGAACAUUUGUUAGGGUGAUGGAAUAACAUGAUCACUAAAGUGUAAUUAUAAGUGUAACUUACGGCAAAAUUUUGUAACCAAAUACAGAAUGAUAUGUUUAGUGUAAUUUCAACUCCUUUUGAAAGGUAAUGUGCAGAAAAUGAAUUUUUAAAUAUUUUAAAGUUAUAGAUAACAAACUUUUAUUUCUUUAUUACAAUCUUUAUGGUACAAUAUAUAAUUUUUAAAAUCAGUUGGCAGACUUGACCUCCCUCUCUUCUCAUCAGAAAUUAACCUCUGUGUGCCCUGUUCAGUUAUCUGAUUGAACUCUCAGGAAAUAGGGUGGGCCUCCCCAGAAUGUGGGCUUUUAAGGAUAGCUGCAUUUAUGUGGCUGAAUUAGGUCCCCAAGCAUGUUUGAACUUUUGCUGUGCCUGGGUGCAUAUAACUGUAUGGUACCUAGUAUUGUAGAGUUUAUAAAUAUAUUCAUGUUAUCAAUGAUAAGUUCUACAGCUUUUAAUAAUGUCAAAUAUAAAUGGUAAUUGAUUUUUUAAAACAUUUUUUGAGUAUCUACCAUCUGCCAGUGACUGAAAUACAGAAUUCCUUUGAGGAAGUCCUUGUCUGACAGGAAAGACAGACAUCCAUGGGCCUUUCAUACAGCGAGAUGAGUGCCAUAAUCAUGUGUUGAACAGAGUGCAGUGGGUUGUAGAGGUAAUGGAGAAGCAGUUAUUUCUUAGAGGGCUGGUGAGAUGAGAUGACUGUUCUCCAGUGAGAUAACUCUUGAGCAGGACUUCAGAAGAUGGGCAAAAUUUUUGCAAGGUGGAUAGGAGAAAAGGGAAAAAGCAUGAACAGAAAGGUAGAAGUGUAGAAAUACAUGAUGUGUUCAGAAGCCACUAAAAGAUUUUGGAGAGGGAUAUGACAUGGUUAAGUUUGUAUUUGGAAAGAAAAUGGAGAUCAGUGAUUAUAACAAGGAGACACAAGAAAAGUUAAUCUUUUUUUUCUUUUUUUUGCAUGCUUUUCUAUAUGACAAUUUUGUGAGCAUCCCCAGAUUUUAAAUUGCAACAUAGAUAGGACAUACUUUAUGCACAGUACUGGCCAGCCAACCAUAUGUCCUGUCAUAGCUGUACAUCAGAGUGUCCCUUCCAAAAGUCUGGGUUAACAGUGGGCUGCAGGAAUGAGGUCAGCUAAGAAGCCAUUUCAGUGUCCACAUCACCACAGGAAGUGAUGGCUUAAUCAGGGCCAUGAUAACAGAAAUGGAUGGGAGGGAAUAUAUUUGCCUAUUUAGACUUCGUAUCAGAGUUUUGUGGGGGUAGAGAGAAAAAGGAAUUAUACAUUGGUGUUUCUCAUAUUUUAAUGUGCAUAUGAAUUGUCUAGGGAUUUUGUUAAAAGGUAGAUUUUGAUUCAGUAGGUCUGUGGUGGGGCCUCAGAUUCUGCUCCCAAGUGUUGCCACCACUGUGAGGCCAUGGUCCAGUAAAUAAUUAACAAGGACGAGAUAACGUGGGUAUGAGACUCCACUGACUAGAUGGUGAUGUCAUUAUCUGAAAUAUCUGAAAUGGGGAAUACCACAGAAAAGAAAGAUUGGGUGGGGGAAUGGGGUGAAGUUUUUGUGGUACAUUUGGAUAUAAAAAUUGUAGACAGCUGAAAGUUUGGAUUCUAAGCUUGAGAGAAAAAUCAAGCAUAGAGAUACAGAUUUGGGAAUAAACAUUUCGUUGCUGACAGUAAAAGUCAUGAGAAUGAGUGACAUUACCUACAAAAAAGAGAUAAAGUUAAUAUUAGAAAAUAUACCUAUUGCUUCAUCAUUCAAAGGCCGCAUCUUCUAAAAAGAAAAAUAAAGAAAAUGUAUCUAUUUGCUAAAAUUUUAAUGUCCAUUUAAGUGACUAUAAAUCAGCAAUGGGAAAGAAAUUGGAUAGGUAGCUUCCUCCCUAUGAACAAUCUCUAGGUGUAAAUUGAGGGAAGGAGAAGUCUUCUUUGGAAAACCCCCCUUUUCCUUGGUAAUGACUGUAGAUAAGUUAAAAAUGCAUUAAAGUAUCUUAUGAGAAAUAAUUCAUAUAAAUAAAUAUGUGUAAAGAAUCUUCAAAAUGCCAGGCAGUCUUCUGACCUUAACAUUAAUAGCAAAUGAAAUGAAUCCCUGAAACAGUGGAGCUUAUCGGGGAGAUUGACAAAUGCUGUGUUAGGAAAGUAUAGUGUGAUGCGAGAGCACACACAUCAGGAACACAUGACUCAGUGUGGAGACAAGGGAUGGCCUACCUGAGGAAGUAGCAUUAAGCUGAGACGAGAAGGCUGAGUGGAGGUGACCUACAGGAAGAAGAAGGGAAGGUUGUAACAGUAAUGACUUGGAGGGGAGAGGCCCUGCAGGUUGGAGAAGUUCAGUGUGGCUGACCAUGGAGUGUGCAGAGUGAGGGGGAUGACUGCUGAGCUUCAGAGGUGGACAGAGCCCCUGAAUUAAUUAAAAGGAUUUAUGGUAUAUCUUACGACUCUACAGGAGCCUUGGAAUAUAGAUAGAAAUGAAUGCCAUUUCCCAUCCAGUACUGAAGUGUUAAAGUUAGAAGACAUUUGCUAAGUCAAAUCACUUCAGGUGUGUUGAAGAAAGUACACACAUCUUAUCUUCUGAACAUUUUGAUGGAAUUAACCACAAACCAUGCAAGAACAGUAAAAGGAAAGAUACUAUUCAAGUCCAGUACAUCAUAAUGCAGAAUUCUUUAGCAGUACCACCAAAAGAUGAAGGUGAAUCAAACAUCCCUUCUGGAACAAUACAGAGUAGGAAAGGUUUGCAGAAUAAGAGUCAGUUUAGGACCAUCGCACCAAAAAUUGUGCCCAAAGUCCUAACAUCCAGAAUGCUGCCAUGUCAUUCACCAUCACGCUCUGAUCAGGUGAAUCUGGGACCCUCCAUCAACUCUAAGCCACUGGGGAUGUCCACCCAGAACUAUGCUCUGAUGCAGGUUGCUGGCCAGGAGGGGACAUUUUCUCUUGUUGCUUUGCCACAUGUUGCCUCAGCUCAGCCAAUUCAAAAACCCAGAAUGUCCCUACCUGAAAACCUGAAACUUCCUAUUCCUCGAUAUCAACCCCCAAGAAAUAGCAAAGGAUCAAGAAAGAAACCCAUCCUGAUCUUUCCUAAGAGUGGCUGUAGCAAAGCUCCUGCCCAAACCCAAAUGUGUCCUCAGGUAUCCCCUUCCCCACCUCACCACCCUGAACUCCUGUACAAACCCAGUCCAUUUGAGGAAGUGCCAUCACUAGAGCAAGCCCCAGCCAGCAUUGGCACAGCUGCGCUGACCAAUGGAAGUGACCAUGGGGACUUGAGCCCACCAGUGACCAACACCCAUGGCAAUCUGAACCCUCCUGCCACCACAGCAUCAUCCACGCCAGAGGGGGCUGCCAAGCAGGACCUCACAGGUCUUUCAAGGAAACCACACUUUGUAAGCAAGGUAACAUCUAGUAAGCCUUCUGCUGUUGCCAGUGAAAAGUUUAAAGAACAAGUUGAUCUUGCAAAAACCAUGACCAGUUUAUCACCAACCAUUCUUGGCAAUGCAGUUCCAUUGAUCUCUUCAGUCCCCAAAGGGAAACUACCAAUCCCACCCUACUCAAGAAUGAAGACAAUGGAGGUUUACAAAAUCAAAUCAGAUGCUAGCAUUGCAGGUUUUUCUUUUCCAGGACCUAAGGCUGACUGUGAUAAGAUAUCCUCCACCACAGAAGGCUUUAAUGCAGCUACCAAGGUGGCAAGCAAGCUGCCUGUUCCACAAGUGUCACAGCAGAGUCCCUGUGAAAGUGCCUUUUGUCCACCCACCAAACUUGAUCUCAACCACAAAACAAAACUGAACAGUGGAACCGCAAAGAGAAAAGGAAGGAAACGGAAGGUACCAGAUGAAAUUUUGGCAUUUCAGGGAAAAAGGAGGAAAUGUGUCAUUAAUAAGUGUAGAGAUGGUAAAGAAAGAGUAAAAAAUGAUCCCCAAGAAUUCAGAGACCAAAAGCCGGGGACCCUGAAAAAAUAUCGUAGCAUUAUGCCCAAACCUAUCAUGGUCAUACCCGCUUUGACCCCCCUGGCUUCUCCAGCUACACUACAAUCCCAGAUGCUUGGGGGCCUAGGACAGGAUGUUUCGUUAAAUAAUUCACUCACUCCUAAAUAUCUUGGCUGUAAUCAAGACAACAGCUCUUCCCCUAAGCCCAGCUCCAUGUUCAGAAGUGGAUUCUCUGGCAUUAAGAAGCCUUGGCACAGAUGUCAUGUCUGCAACCACCACUUCCAGUUCAAACAGCACCUUCGAGACCACAUGAAUACACACACCAACAGACGGCCUUACAGUUGUCGGAUUUGUCGCAAGUCCUACGUACGUCCUGGCAGCCUGAGCACACACAUGAAACUUCAUCACGGUGAGAACCGUCUGAAGAAACUCAUGUGUUGUGAGUUUUGUGCGAAAGUGUUUGGCCACGUCCGAGUCUAUUUUGGCCAUCUGAAAGAAGUGCAUAGGGUUGUGAUCAGCACUGAGCCCACCGCCAGUGAACUGCAACCAGGAGACAUACCAAAGAACAGAGACAUGAGUGUGCGAGGCAUGGAGGGAUCACUGGAGAGGGAAAACAAGUCCAACCUGGAAGAAGACUUCCUUCUAAACCAGGCAGAUGAAGUCAAAUUACAAAUCAAAUGUGGCCGUUGUCAGAUUACUGCUCAGUCUUUUGCGGAAAUAAAGUUUCAUUUACUUUAUGUUCAUGGAGAGGAAAUUCAGGGCAGGCUACAAGAAGGGACCUUCCCAGGAAGCAAGGGGACUCAGGAAGAGUUGGUGCAGCACACUAGCACUGACUGGAAAAGGCAUCCUGAGAGAGGGAAGCUGGAAAAGCUUCAUUCCUCCGAGGAGGAUUCACAUGCAUGUCCGAGACUGAAAAGGCAACUCCACCUUCAUCAUCAGAAUGGCAUGGAAAUUCUCAUGGAAAAUGAAGGACCCCAGUCAGGAACCAACAAACCAAGGGAAACCUGCCAGGGCCCUGAGUGUCCCGGCCUCCACACAGUUCUCUUGUGGUCCCGUUCAGGCUUUAACUGCCUGCUUUGUGCAGAGAUGCUGGGACGGAAAGAGGACCUCCUCCACCACUGGAAGCACCAGCAUAAUUGUGAGGACCCUUCCAAACUGUGGGCUGUUUUAAAUACGGUCUCCAACCAGGGAGUGAUUGAACUUUCCAGUGAAGCUGAGAAAUGAGACCCCAAGGCAGGCCGGGGUUAAGGAGAGAGCUCUGCCGCCACCUUCCUUCAGAGCUUCGUGCUUUAUGGUGGUGCUUAGUCACAAAGAUCAAACAACAGGAUUGGCGUGAGUGAACAGAAAUGAUUUUUGUACAUGGUUUUAUUUUCUUAUGAAAUAAAAUACAUGUUCUCGAAACAUAUUUUUCUAA